UACCCUAUUGCACUAGUGCAGCAGUGUAGCGAAAAAGAACAAGCCAUUUGUAUCUAGAGAAGCAGAUACAUAUUUUGUUGGUAGCAUUGUAAAAUACAUAGGAAUAUAGGAUACCAUGAAGAUUGAUGAAAAUGUGUGGCCGGAUUUGUUGCUCAUUAAAUGCAGACACUUUGUGUUGUGCAUGUGGCUAUAAGGAUGCUAGUGGCAAACAACGUAAAUUGACAUGGGUUAAAACAGAAUUAAAAUAUGAUCCGUCAUAUAAUAUGUGUCCACGAGAUGUUCUACCUUGUAUAGCAUCAGGUUUACAUUUUGAAGGAGAAAAAGAGGAACGAGUACUUUGUGCCAUGACAUGGGGAGUGAUUCCACCUUGGUAUCAAGGGGAUUAUAAAAAAUGUUCAAAUAAGAUAUCUACCCACAACAGCCGUUUGGAAAGCAUACAGACCUCAACAAUAUAUUCUCCAUCAUUGCAAAAGCAACAGAGAUGUAUUGUAGUUUGUGAAGGUUUCUAUGAGUGGAAGCCCAAUACAAAUAGCAAACUUCAAAAGCAACCAUACUAUAUAUAUGCGACUCAGGACAAAGAUGUAAAAGCAGAUGAUCCAACAACAUGGGUUAAUGAAUUUUGUGAAACGGAUGGAUGGAAAGGUUUCAAGGUAUUGAAACUGGCUGGAAUAUUUGGAACACACAAAACUGAGGAGGGAAAUAUUAUACAUAGUUGUUCCAUUAUUACAAGAGAGAGUAAUCAGGUAUUGUCUUGGUUGCAUCAUCGUAUGCCAAUAUGUCUGAGCAAUGAGGAAGAAUGCCAAAUAUGGUUAAGUAAAGCUUUAUCGACAGAUGUGGCUGUUAAAACGUUGAAUGAUAUUAUAUUAAAAGAAACUGUUCUAAAUUGGCAUCCAGUAUCUACGGUUGUCAAUAAUGGAUUCAACAAAGCUGUUGAUUGUAGAAAAAAGAUAAAAUCAAAAGAGAUCAGUCAAGCAUCUUUUAUGACUUCUUGGCUGCAAAAAGGAUCAACUACUUCAAAUAAAAGAAAAAGUGAUGAUAAAGAUACAAUUACCAAUGAGGACAAAAAUAUUUCAAAACUUCAGAAAAAUUAAGAUUUUGCAAAAAACCACCGAUUAGAUAUUUACAUAUAUGUAACAAUUUGUUUUUCUUUCAAUAUCCAAAAUUCAUAAGAUGUACGUAUAAGGUGUACUAUAAAUAGUAUAUCUUAUAAAAUUUGUACAUAUUGAUUAAUUUAUCUAAUUUUAAUAAAUUGAUUUAAUAUAUUAUCAUAGAAACUCAGAAAACAAAACUACCUCUUAGAAUUACAUUUUUUAUAGCAUAUAUUUUUAUAAUUGUAUUUCAAUAAUAAAAUAUCUCAUUCUUAAUAAAACAUUCCAUUUAAAAGCAUA